UGUAUAUAGUUAAAUUUCUGUUGGGUAAAUUUAAAUUGUCUUAACGUAACCGUUCACAGCUUGACCAGCACGUCUGAUAAACUAGCAAAACUUAUUUUUUAUAGCCAUUAAUUAUUUGUUGGAAACAUCAUCUUAAGGAGUUCAUAAGAAGCGCGUCAACCGAGGGUUACAUGGGUUUUAGUCAAACAUGAUGACCACAGAACCUGCGAGUGUGGAGAACCUGCGUGUUCUGCACCACAGUGAGGAUUUUAUUGUCUUAGACAAACAUUGGGACAUUCGCAUAGACAGUAAGAUGUGGUAUGAGAAACUGACAGUGCAGGCACAGCUUCAGCACCACUUUCCUGAUCUGGCUGACCCCAGCACUUACUAUGGAUUCAGGUUCUGUCAUCAGCUGGAUUUCUCCACCAGUGGGGCUCUUUGUGUUGCACUCAACAAGGCUGCCGCAGGUCAAGCGUAUCGCUGUUUUAAGGACCGGACUGUCACGAAAGCCUACCUCUCUCUGGUUCGUGGAACGGUAGAGGAAACCACACAAAGUAUACAUUUCUCAAUUGGUAAAAAUUGCACAGAGGGAAAGAAGCAUAUGAUGUGUAUUGAGGGAUCUGAAGGCUGUGAGAAUCCUAAGCUUUCGCAAACGGAGCUUACAGUCUUGGAAUAUGGGUUGUACGAUGGAGAUCCUGUCACUAAGGUGUUGCUGCAGCCACUCACUGGUCGAACCCACCAGCUGAGGGUUCACUGCAGCGCCAUCGGCCACCCCAUUGUCGGGGACUUUACCUACAGCUUGGGGACCGAUAACUCGCCGUACAGAAUGAUGCUGCACGCUCACCUCCUUCACAUUCCCCUGGAACCAGAUCCUCUACUGGUUACUGCCGGAGACCCUUUUGUUGCGACGGUUGACCCAAAAUGGCUCCCGCAGCGCUCGUUACGGACACUGACGGCCGCCGUGGAGGCUUUGUUGGAAAAGACUGGAAAACAGAAUAACGGUGUGGCAGAAAUAGAGGAGAAAGAAAUGAAACUAAAAGAGGAUGAGAGGACUGAAGAGAGUGAGGAGCAAAGGAGGAUAUGUCGGCAGUGGUUGAGUGAAUGGGCUGGGGACUGAUGGGAAAGCCAGAUUUUUAAUUUGUUUCUUAUUUAUUUUAGCAUAUUCUUGCAUAAAGUGCAGGCAUGGGAUUUUCCUGUAUGCUCACUUACUGUUUGGAGGACCAUUACAUUAAAUCACCUUAAAAGGACAUUAAAGCAUGUGUGCAUGAGGAUCAUUUAUGCCACUUUUUAUUGCCAUGUGCCUUGCUUGUCGAAACCUUAAAAAAGACAGAUUGUUGGUUUAGCAUCUGACAAGCCUUACUGUAAAGUAUUAAACCAAAACUAUUAAUAAAAAACAACAGUGUGAAUGCAGUUAAUACACUUUUCUUUGAAGAAUCAGAGACUCUGAUGAUGGGGUACAUUAACAGUAUUGAAGACACAUUAAAAAGUAUGUUUUAAUAUAAAAACCCCUUUAAAACUCCAUUUUUUUUGCAGGUCCAUUUUAAUAUUUACACUUAUAUAGAACCUUCAGUUGUUCCUGAACCCACCAGUGAACUAGCCAAUCACAUCAGCUGUUUAAUGACACAGGAAUGAAACUGACCCCACAUUAUUACUGUUUUCAUUCAAAAUUUUAUGCGCAGGGUUCAAAAAGUUUUUUAGUUUUUAACUGUUUGGUCUAAAACAAACAUAAGACAUAACUGAGAUAAUAAAUCCACAGAACUUUGAAUGGAGCUUUGCCUGUUUGACCUUGUCUAUGCAAUUUUUGUGGAUUUAAUCCAACAUAUUACCACUUACGGGUAGAUAUGGGCUGUCUGUAGGUGAAAAAGGAGUAAACUUGUAUGAGGCACUCUAGUGGCCCACAGGAAAUAUCAAGCUCAUUGACACUUGGUGAGCCUGUAGAGCAAAAUGUAGAUGCACAUUUUUCUAAAGGCAUGCUGCCAGAGACAGGUAGUAGUGAACACUUACACAACAUGUAAGGGGAAUUGAUAGUGAAUUAGGUGAGAUGCAGGCACAGAUUAUUUUUAAAUCUUUUUAAUCCCCAAACACCUUAUAUAUGGAUCAAUUCUGGUUGUGUUACAGAUGUUGAAGCACUUUUGAGAGGCACUUUGACAAAAUGUUUUGUGUGUUAUUGUGAAUACACAAAAGUAAAGCUGUGUCGAAAUUUGUGUUCCUUUUUUUACGAGUUGCUAACAAGGUUGGGAGUUAGUAUAGUCACUGUAAUGUUUGUUUUAGCGGGAUCAAUCUGUUUCUUUAAUGUGAUGCUAACAUCUUUGGAAGUUACAGGUAUAGUGACAAUGCUAGCACGGCUAAUGUUACUGGUUUGUCUUUGUUGGUCUGCGUUGUGUUCAGGUCAGGUGAAUAAAGAUCAGGCUCCGA